CCAUUUUUGUACUUUUAAUGAAGGAAAAAUAAUUGUUGAUUUAAAUUAGAACAAAAAAAAAAAGAAACAAAAAAGAAUCAAAUGUUGAAAACUGACCUACCCCUCUCCAACAUGCAAAACUCCUUAGCUAGCUGCAAAACCGUUCCAUCACCCACUACUCCCUCCACCUUUUUCACCACUACUACCUUUAAAUCUUAUUUGUUUCACACACUCUUUCUCUCACACACACAAAACAUUGUCAUAAAUUUCAAAAAUGGCAAACGCAACAACAAAACAUAGUCCUCUUCCUCCUAAUUCUCUCGUUGUUCUUCACGCACUGUUGUACUUUCUAUUGUUCUAUUUCAAUUCACUAACAUUAGCCAGACCAAGCACCUACAAUGUGGUCGAUUUUGGAGCCAACCCGAAUGGUGAAACCGACUCAACCGACGCCUUCCUGGACACGUGGAACAAAGCUUGUUACUCGCUUGAACCCACCGCCAUUCACGUGCCACAAGGGAAGUUCUUACUGGGAAGGGACAUCACGUUCCGGGGGAGAGGUUGUGUUAGCAAGGCGGCUAUGAUCUCCAUAACCAUUGAUGGCACCUUGGUGGCUCCUUCUGAUUACCACGUAUUGGGAAACGCGGAGAGUUGGAUAACAUUCAAUGGCGUUAGUGGGGUUUCCAUUCACGGUGGGGUGCUUGAUGGUCAAGGUGCUUCCUUGUGGGAUUGCAAGAGCGAGUUACUAAAAACUUGCACAAUUGGAGCCUCGACACUUGAAUUCAGCAAUUCAAACAACAUUGUGAUCACUGGGUUGACCUCUCUUAAUAGUCAACUGUUCCACAUAAUCUUCAAAGGAUGCCAGAAUGUAAGAGUGCAUGGAGUGACGAUCAUGGCUGCCGGAAACAGCCCUAAUACCGACGGCAUCCACGUCCAGUCCUCCUCUGAUGUGACCAUCCUCGAACCUAGAAUCCGAACGGGAGAUGAUUGUAUCUCUAUCGGCCCUGGCACUACCAACUUGUGGAUUGAAAAUGUUACAUGUGGACCUGGCCAUGGAAUAAGCAUUGGAAGUUUAGGAUGGGGCUUGAAUGAAGCAGGAGUGAAAAAUGUAACAGUGAAAUCAGCUACAUUUUUUAAGACACAAAAUGGCUUCAGAAUAAAGUCUUGGGGGAGACCCAGCAGUGAAUUUGUGAGACAUGUCCAUUUUGAACAUGCAAUCAUGACUGAUGUCCAAAACCCAAUUGUCAUAGACCAAAAUUACUGCCCAUUUUACCGGGGCUGCCCCAGUGAGGCUUCUGGGAUUAUGAUUGGGGAUGUUUCAUACAAGGAUAUUCAUGGAACAUCCGCAACACAAGUUGCUGUGAAAUUUGACUGCAGUUCAGAGCACCCAUGCAGUAGGAUAAAGUUGGAAGAUGUGAAGCUCACUUACAUGAAACAACCUCCCCAAGCUUUGUGUAACCACGCCGCUGGAACCGCGUUGGGUACGAUUCAACCGGAGAGUUGCUUGUAG